AUGUCUUCGGCCGAACAUUACCCUGGCUACUCUGCUCUUCGCUCUUUUUUUAAUGAACAUGAACAUGUAAACUGGUCAUAUUAUGAGUUUUUGACUCUUAACCGCGAUGUCAUUAUAUCUUUACCAUCAAGUACUACUGAUUGGAAUGGCCUAGAUGGUACAUGGACUCCUCCUAUCAGCCAAUGUCCUGACUUAGGAGUAUCAGUCAACGUCCUGGCCCAAGUGAUGGUAGUGGCAACUCUGGUCAGCCAACGUCCUGAUUUAAGAGUAGAUUCCGAACGUUCAAAAGAUGGAUUGAAGGCCUAUUGGGAAAACUUGAAAGUAAAACGUACCCACAUUCUUGGGAGUCUUGAUCUUUUAGAUGAAGCUGGCAAACAUAAUGUCAAAGAUCUUUUCUCUGGGGGGCUUUCAAAUUCUUUUCCUGUUGGUAUGUCAUCUACAGCAAAGCAUAUACUUGAGUGUGCAAAUGUAAUUUCUCCUCAAGAGAAUAAAAAGAUUAAAAUGGGUGAUCAAGCAUCAGUUCAAGAAGAUACUAUUCAAGAGGACAUGUUGAACUCAGUUAUAGAAGCCUCCAAUAUCUUUAAAGCAGUUGAAUUUCCAGAGUAUUAUGAUAAACUCAAAAAAUAUGCAGUACCUACGAAAACAAAAUAUAUAAGUAAGCAGGCCUUCAAAUAUAUGACAUUAUUUGAUAAAAUCAUAGAUGAUUACUUAUGGGAUGAUGAUGACGAUGGCGUAGUUGAGAAAAAAUUUAUUGAAACUGAUGAUGAAACCAUUUCUAUAAUGGAGAAAGUAGUUUAUAGUUUGGAUGAAUUGACAAAAAAAUUCAAUUGUCUAUCUCAUACACUUUCUAUUCCAACAGAACAAUAUGAAGGAUUUUUAUAUCCUGAUGUUCAUAUUAUUAGAAGCAUUUCAAGCACAUAA